AUGGAGGACGGACCGCUGGAGAUCCUGACCAAGGACGGUGACCUCCCGGGCCCCCUGGAGGUGUCCGCUGUGCCCGCGGUGGGGGACGUGAUCUCGAGCGAAUACAACGGCGGCAUGAAGGACCUGAUGGAACACCUGAAGGCCCAGCUGCAGGCCCUGUUCGAGGACGUGAGGGCCAUGCGGGGGGCCCUGGACGAACAGGCCUCGCACAUCCAGGUGCUUUCGGACGACGUGUGCGCCAACCAGCGGGCCAUAGUCUCCAUGUGCCAGAUCAUGACCACCGCGCCCCGCCAGGGCCUGGGCGCGGUCAGUGGCCUCGAAGGAAGCGACCGGGGCUCGCCGGGAGUUCCUGACACCCCCCUUCCAAAGGAGUGGGGCUGCGGCUCGCUGGAUCCUGAGGAGGAAGGGAAGGAGGUGCCGGGCCCGGCCACACCCACCAAUCGCUGUGAGAGCCCGGAGAACCCCUGUGCUUGUCUGCUGAAGGGGGACGGGCCACUCCUGGAUGCUCACGACCUGCCUGACAUAGCCCUGCUACAUCUGGAGGGGGAGAACUCAAUGUAA